GCGCCUUGAAGAAAGAAAGCAGAAACAAACUUCGCCGGAGAUUUCAGAGUUCGCCGAGAGAAUCUCUUCUGAGAAAAUUCCGUCUGAGAGAUUUCGAUUGUUCUUCUGGUGAUUGGUAAAAUCGUGUUUUUGUCUGUCCUCUGGGUUUAUAAUUUUCUCUGGGUAGAAAAGAAAUGGCGGAGGUGAUUUGCAGAACGAGCAUAUUCCUAGGGGCUUGUCGGAAUCACCAUGCGAAUGAAGUCUCUGAUUCACCAGUAAGCUUUGGUAAGAAGAGUUUUUCAUGUCUGAAACUGAAGAACCAGAGGCCUUUAAGAAGCGACUUCCAUGGAAAACGGGUCGUUUUGGGAGAUGGUAGGAUCGAGAGCUUCAGACGAAGCUUUCAAGCUUCCAUUAAAGCACAGACUGCUUUGAGAAUUGGGAGCGUGCAAAAAUGGUGGGAGAAGGGUCUUCAGCCAAACAUGAGAGAGAUCACAUCUGCACAAGACCUCGUAGACUCGCUCUGUAGUUCCGGAGAUAAACUCGUUGUGGUCGAUUUCUCCUCACCCGGUUGCGGUGGCUGCAAGGCUCUUCAUCCCAAGAUAUGUCAGCUGGCCAAGAUGAAUCCUGAUGUGCAAUUUCUUCAGGUGAAUUACGAGGAGCACAAGUCGAUGUGUUAUAGCCUCGGCGUCCACGUUCUUCCUUUCUUCCGGUUCUACAGAGGGGCUCACGGCCGUCUUUGCAGCUUUAGCUGUACCAAUGCAACGAUAAAAAAGUUCAAAGAUGCGUUAGCGAAGCACAGCCCGGACAGGUGCAGCCUCGGCCCGACCAAAGGCUUAGAGGAGAAAGAGCUCGUUGCCCUCGCAGCCAACAAGGAUCUUAACUUCACAUACACUCCAAAACCAUUGUCUCAACCCACUGACAAAGAACCAGCUACAUCUGACCGAAACCCGAAUCUGCCACUUCCUCUUCCGCCAAAACGUGCCGGUGAGAAGACAUUGGUCACUGCCUGGAGAUGAGACAGAUCAGUUCGGUUCAGUUGGUUGUCCCUAAGAGAAUAUAACAUCAGCUCUUGUACAGUCUGCGUAGUGGUAAAGUCGGUCAUGUCUCUUUUGUGUUUGUUAUAUUUGCACUUUUGGUGAAAGAUGAGUCUGGUCCGGGAGCAAACCGGCUUUAGUGAGGUUUGGUUUUUUCAGAACCCUGAACCGGUUUGUAUUCUCCUUGGUGUGAAAGAGCAAGAUCCGCCAUGGAAGCUUUCUCGGAUGGCCAAGAGAUCAAGAGAAUGUUCUGUUUGAAUCUCUUUGUUUUUAUCCUUUCCUCUGUUUUUUUUUUCCAAUCUCUUUCGGGUUUGAUGUAAAAUGAAUGGAUGAAACUGAUGCAAUAUAGAUUGGUAAUGAAGGUUAAUAUGAGAUGGUUUUUCAGUU